AUGCACAUCAAAAUCGAUCGCAAAAAGAGAGAAGACGAGACGGUGUCGUCCUCUUUUGCGGGAAAGAAGAGGGAACACAUCACCGCCGCUCUUUUCUUUUAUUUCACGUGUUGUGUGCCUUUUUUAAACGAACGGUUUGACCAAAAAACGUUCUCCGUUGUUUUACCACACAAGAAAUUCUAA